CCGAAACACAAGUAUGGCGGUUCGUCAAGUAAAUUUGUCAGGAUUUUAUGUAUAAAUGUGACAGGAACCUGAUUAGGGCCAACGUAUGGCUGCAAUCUCUCCACCAACAGGCUACACCAUGUCUGACUCGAUAUCAAUUUGGUGUGAAUGUGACGUUGUUUCAUGCAGUGGAUUGGAAAAGUGUAUGACAACAGCCAAGUGCUACACUGCGCUCGUGACCGAUGUCGUGCAAGGGACCCAGCAGACAUCUCAACGAUAUGGUUGUGUCGAUGACCUAAUGCAGGAAGAACUGACCUGCAAUACAGAAUUUGAUCAUAAGGCAGUUGUGAAGUGCUGCAACGAUGGAGACUACUGCAAUCGCGAUCUCUUUCCAACUUUUUCUCCAGUUACUAAAGACAUCGCGGAGGACGAGUACCUCACGGGUCUCAUGAUCUCGAUAUUCCUUCCGAUCAUCGGUCUCAUGCUCGUCGGCUGCGUCAUCUUGCUGGUGAUGAGACGCAUGCAUCGCAAGCAGAUGGCGAUGCUCUCUGAGCGCGACCCACGCUCGUUCGGACAUCUCAUCUCCACGCCGGCGGGAGACAGCACCCUCGGGGAGGUUUUUGAACACUCUGUGACAUCAGGCAGUGGAGCAGGGCUGCCUUUGCUUGUACAGAGAACAGUCAGUAGGAGCAUCUCCCUAGUGGAGUGUAUCGGAAAAGGACGAUAUGGAGAAGUCUGGAAGGGUCUCUAUCAAGGAGAGCCCGUUGCAGUGAAGAUAUUUUCAUCUAGAGAUGAGGUCUCGUGGCAGAGAGAAACAGAGAUAUACAAUACUGUACUGCUGAGACAUUCCAAUAUACUGGGAUACAUAGGCUCGGAUAUGACCAGUAAGAAUGGCUGCACACAGCUGUGGCUAAUCACGCACUACUGCGAGUAUGGCUCCCUGUACGACUAUCUCAACAACUACACCCUGGACAUACAGACUGCUCUCUACUUCCUCAUCUCGGCUGCCAACGGCCUGCUCCAUCUUCACACGGCGGUGUUUGGCACCCAGGGUAAAGUCGCGAUCGCUCACAGAGACGUGAAAUCAAAGAAUAUCCUCGUAAAGCUGCAGAACACGCACGGUGCACCGCGUAAAAGCAACAGAGCGUAUGUGUCACACUAUGUAAUGGAAGCAGAAGUGAAAGCAACAGAGCACAUCAAGGCAGAUGAGUACAGGCCCCCAUACUAUGACAGGGUCGGCCACGAUCCCAGCUUCGAUGAGAUGAAGCACGUGGUGGCCAAGGAGGGCCAUCGUCCACAGAUGAGGAACCAGUGGGGCGAGAACUCGACUCUGAUGGGCGUGGCGCGUCUCAUGAAGGAGUGCUGGGCAGCGAACCCGAUGGCACGGCACAGCAUGCUGCGCAUCAAGAAGACGCUGCUCAAGAUCGCCUCGCACGAGGAGAAGAUGGAGCUGGAUCUCGAGGACUUUGAGGUGUCCACCUAGUGAGCUGUGCGGAGGGAAGGAGGGAGGGGGAAGAUCUCUUAGAUCGAGUGUGAGCUCCCGAGAGUAGAUGCACUGCUGCUCUGCACGCGUUAGGCCCCGGAUGGGGGACGUUGCUGUCGUGACAGUGAUCUCCCUAACGGCGGAUGAAUGAGUGUGAGUCCCUGACAGGGAAUGGUGCUUUCGUAAUAGUGAACCCCAGGCAGGGGACGAAUGUGGAUGUUGUGAACGUAUGACCAGUGUAAGAGUUUUCCUUUACUUCUCGUUUUUGUACCAUUCCUUUACUUUAAUACUCUCUGUCUCUCGUUGUGUCUGACCCUAAUUAUUGUAUAAAAUGCCCACCCAGUGGCAACACUGUGUGCAGCUAUCAGACACAGUAUUGUCUCUGCUCUAAAAGAAACAGCACUUGGUUAGCAUACUAGAAUAUCAGUAAGGCACAGGUCACACCAAGCAUUGUGCAACUACAUGAUUUUGUAUAAAAAAGGCCAUCCCUGUAUUUCCUUUGAAAGCUUCGUUUGACAAAUUUAGCUCGAAUGAGAAUGUGCUAUCAAUCGUAUUGUCUUAUAGUAACAACCCUUGUAUAUUUACAUAUUUAAAUUGAGGCCUAUUGCCCUAUGACGAUUCGAUAUGUACGUGCAACAAAAAUCACGACAACGCAGUGUCCACAAUGACAUGGAGUGUGCAGAAAUAUAUUCAUGAAACAAUAUUGUAAAUUAUAUCGUUAGCAAUAUAUGUAUGCAUUUAUUAUUUUCAGUAUUCGUGUUAAAAUAAUCUAAUGAAUUAUAAGAUAUUUGUAGGCUAUAGCCAGCUGUAGAAAAUGUAGUAUAGAUAUUUCGUAUUUCGGUAGUUUUAUUUACGUAAUGAGAUUAUAACAUUUCCACUAUGCAUCGUCAUUUCCUCAUCUUUAGCCUUUCACUGACGUGCGCAUCAUAUAUGAUAUAUGACACGAUGCAGUUUGGCUAAUUUCAUGCACCAACUAUCAGAUCUAAACCUUAACCGUGUGUGUUUUAUGGUGCAUAUAGAUUUGAUGGAAAUUCAUCAACUAAUAUUGAUUUAAGAAUGAGCUGUAUACCUAGUUAGUGUGAAAUGCUUUCCUAAUGGUUGGCGUGACAGAUAUAGUAGUGGCUUUGUUUGUACUUGUGACAUAAUAUAAUGGUUGUGGUAUGCUGUUUAGUUUACUGGUUGUGGUGGUGCGGGGAUGCUUGUGAACACGUGUUCACAUAACAUGACACAGCAAGUGUGUUGCUGAUCAAUAUAGUUUCCAUAUAGCUUACUUUUUUGAGCUUCUUUAAUAAUUGUAAAUAAAAGAUUUUAUUAUUUCUACCCAUAGCAGGUGAUAAUUCUAAGUAAACAAUGAUUGUGCGUAAAAAUUUAAAUUAUGUAUAUGUAAUGUGCUGAGCUAAAACAGCAUAGGAUGAUGAAUGUGUUAGCUAGUUACAUUGUUGUUUAACUAGUAUAUGGGCUCUAAAAUAUGCUGUGUCAUUGCAUGAAUUGGUCUUUCCUUUGGUUGGGAUGCUAGUCAUGGGUUGUAGACACGUCCUAACUGUAAGCAAGGCUACUAUUCUAGGCCAAGCCACGGAUACGUUAGGUGGGGUGUUUUAAAAUACAGGCCUAAAAUAUCAGGAGAGUAUCAUAUAGAGAUCUCUAGAUUAUACACUCCUGAAAAUAUUGCAUCCCCAUGUUAAGCAAAUUUGCGCGUUUUUGUGAAUCAAUCUUGUGCAUUUUUUUAAUCGUUUAUACAUUUUAGGUAGAAUACAUAUACAUGGAAACCACGUGGGUUUAAAUGUAUGCGGAUGAAUCGCUGUUGUAUAAAUUAUCCUUGUUCAAAAAAUAAUACACCUGUAAUUUUAUUCAACGAACAUCGUCACUGUGAAUUCUCCUUUCGUAUUUUUGGAAAACAUUUUAGGCCCACUCGUAGAUGCUGCCUCAGUGACAGUGGUCUCCUACUACCAAUUCGCUGCGACUCUGUAUAAUGUAAAACUGCCGUAAUUUUGUGUAAUGUGAGAAUUUUCUGCUUCUUUCUGAUUUUGUUGAUCUUAAAAAACCAGCGAUGCGCUGCAUUACCUAACGACCAUGGCGUUACUACGUAACUCGUGCUAAAACCGUGGUGUGUUUUCGUCAGGUUAUAUUAGCCUUGUAUUUUCUUUUUUAUUGUGCAUUUUACCUCAUAGAGGUGUUAUGGUGCGUUUUACGUUAUUAGAAUGCGGUAUUGCGUUGCUUACUACACGUUUUGUAUACAUUGUUCUUGUGAGGGAUGGUGUUACUGUGUAAUGCUUCUGUACGCAACGAAACCUUUUUAUGGACAUCUAUGCAAAACGGCUUUUUUGUAUGCAGUAUUGAUGAAAUAGCUGAGUUGAAUAAAACAUCGUUUGUAUAUCUUAAAA